UGUUGAGGAAAGAAAGAAAGAAAGCUAGCCAUGGCUGCUCCAGGCUCUUUCCAGGAGUCCUCUGAUCAGACUUGUUCCAUCUGCAAGCAAUGCUUCGACAAUCCAGUGACGAUUGACUGCGGGCACAAUUUCUGCCAAGCCUGCCUCCCCUUGCUGCCUCAUUGGGGGGAGCCCAACAGAGACCCUGCCUGCCUGCUGUGUAGUGAAACCGUCCAUCAAAAGAACUUCAAGCCCAACCAGCAACUGGCCAACCUUGUGGAGCUUAUCAGGAAACUUCAGGAGGGGGCGAAAAGAGAUGCAGAAAGGAGGGAAGUGAGCAAGAGUCACCAAGAUCCCCUGAGGCUCUCCUGCAAGGAGGGUCAAGCCCCCAUCCGCACAGUCUCCAAAUGCAACAAGGAGGACAAAAUCCAUGAUGUGAUUCCUGCAGAAGUGGCCGCUCAAGGGUCCAAGGUGACCCAAAAUGCACCUCCUAACAUCAGUGCCACAAAGACCCCAGUUCUGGGCUCACCAACCACAAAUGAGGGUCAGGAAACCAUUUGCUCCAUCUGUAGGGAGUAUCUGACAGACCCGGUGACCCUGGACUGUGGCCACAACUUCUGCCGGGAGUGCAUCACUGACUACUGUAAGAUUUGGGAAAAUCAGGAUGGGGGAGCGCUGGAGUGUCCUCUUUGCAAAUUCCAGAUCCAGAAGUGGAAUUUUCGACCAAAUCUGCAGCUGGCAGAAAACCUCAAACUCCUUUCACUAAAAUUAUAUAAGGAAAGAAUCCAGACCCAGCUGAAGUCUUGGGAGAAAGAAAAGCAAAACUUUGUCAAUCAGAAACGGUCCGAAGAAGAGGAAAAGCAGAAAUGUCUGAAACAGUUAGACACAGAAAAGCAGAAAAUCAAAGACGCCUUUAAGAAAAUGCAAAAGUCUCUGGAGGAAAAAGAGAGUUCCUCGCUGGCCCGCCUGAGAAACCUAGAAAAGGAGAUUAAGAAGAAGGUGGCGGAAAAUGGCAACAGACUCUCGGAGGACAUUUCUUACCUCACUAACUUGAUCGCUGAGCUGGAGAAGAAGUGUGAGCAGCCCCCACAGGUACUCCUUAAGGACAUCGAAAGUACCUUGCUCAGGUACGAGGAGAAACGAGCAGAACAUUCAGUGGACCUUUCCACCUGGUUGGAGGAGAGACUCAAGAUCUGUUGUGAGAAAAGUUCUGCUGUAGUAAACGCUAUGGUGAAAUGUGCAGAUUCUCUGGAAGAAGCAUUGAAGAAAGAAGGUUUGAAUAAAUUUCUCUCUCACACUACAGCGCCUCUGGAGCAAAAACUGGAGAAAGUGAGCGUGACUCUGGAUCCACAAACGGCACACCCUCUGCUCACGCUGUCUGCCGAUCUGAAGAGCGUGAAGAUUGGGGAAGUGCCUGACGACCAGGCCGAGGACAUGGAUGAAUUGCACUGCAUACCCUACGUGCUGGGCCGCGAGAAGUUCACCGCAGGGAGGCAUGGGUGGGAGGUGGAGCUGGAUUUAAAUGCAGAAGACGAGGAAUACAUGGACCGGGAGUGCUUGUGGAUCAUAGGGGCUGCACGAGAGUCCUUCCAGAAAAAUAGAGGUUUCGACCUGAGCCCUAAAGUUGGGGUCUGGGCUGUGGGGGUGUGCCCCUUUUCCAAAAAGCUCACUGCUUUCACUUCCCGCGAGCCAACCCAUUUGCGCUUGGCACAUCAGGUGAGGAAGAUCCAAGUAUCCCUGGAUUACAAAGCACGCCAGGUGGAGUUUUUUGAUGCCAAUACAAAUGCCUCAAUCUUCACUUUUUCUGCAGCUUCAUUCACUGGGGAGGCCAUUCGUCCCUUUUUUUGUCUGGGGGGAGAAGGACUUGAACUGAAGUGUGGGAACUGAGCAGAAUUUUCACCAGCCCUGGUCUUACCCCUAAAACAGAUAGCUAGUAGAAGCUUAUCUUUUGGUGCAAAUAGCAGCUGUGGGGUGUAUUAGGGCUGUGCUAAUGGAAGCUUUCCUUCUGGUGCAAAUAGCAGCUGUGGGGGUGUAUUAGGGCUGUGCUAAUGGAAGCUUUCCUUCUAGCCAAAUGCCAAAUGCACUCUGCAGCCCUAGUCGGUACAGGAGGAGAAAUUCGAUUUUAUUUGCAUGCUAAUGCAAAAAUACCAAAUUUACACUCCCCAUAGCAAUGUGUGAACCAAAGCCUAGCUAUCCUUCAAAAUCCACGCUUCUCAGAAUUUUGCUAUGCAGAAUUUAGUAGUCUUCUAGCCAGAUAAUGUGUACAUUAGGGAGAAUUGUGCACAAAAACGCAUAUAUUAGUGACUAUAGCAUACAAACAUGCAUUAUAUCUAGUGAAACUACUUGCAAAAAUGGGUAUAUUGGCCAAAAUUGCAGAAGGUGAAAUGCACACUAAAAUCUCUAUGCUGAGCUUAUCCACCUGGAUUUUUAAAAUUCCAAUCAUAUUCCUUAAUUUAAUCAAGAAACAAGCUUUUUUCUGAUGAAAAUAUGCAAUUCUUGCAUAUUCUAUGCACUAUUCUACAUAUGCAUAUGCACUCUAGAAUGCCUAAAGUAACCAGUGUAGAGUAAUCCAGCAUGCUUGAGUAAUUAGUGUGUGAAGAGGUUAAAACCAUAGAGUAAGCUGUCCUGCCAGGCUUCGUGUAUUUUACUUCCCCCUCACCUUGGGAGGAAAUGGGUAACCAAGUCUUUUUGAAUUUCUGUAUGUAAUGAUCUCUGAGCUGGUCACUCCAGCCAGCAGCAUAGCUUUAACCCGUCUCAAAGGAGUUCUGAAACUAGCAUUUUUCUAUACCAAUAGUUUAGAAACUUUUGCAUUCAUGUAGCUGAGCAACGAUUUUGACUGACUGCGCAUCUUUUCUGUCUGCUGUAUGGAAAAACACAUGAAUAGUUUUGCAAGGAAACCAUUUUAUGUGGUCUAUCUCUGUGCUGGGGAAUCAAUAUAGCUUGGAAAGAGCCUUUAAAAAUGGUUUUACAGCCUAUAUUUCCAUGCUUUUCUUUGCUGCAUGUUUUGCAAUGUUAAAUCUCUGCUGGGGUUUUCUCACCAAAGGGUGCUUGGGCCUAGACUUCCAGGAUGCCAACAAACAGCACAUAAGCAAAUAUAUUUAACAAUACACAUCACUGUAUACUUAACAGUAUGUAUCAAUAUACUUAUAAAGUUACUCUGCAGAAA